UCCCUUCUCAUUACGGUAGGUAUAUAAAUAUAGUGCUGCAAUACAAUCAGUUUUAAAAGAAAAUCGAUAGUAGGUACCUACCUACAGUUUGCAUUUCCCUACAGUAAUUGUGAAAGUGCUGGUACAUAAAUUUAAAAUUAUGAAAACCUUAGUCUUGGUAUUGAGUUUCCUAAUCAGUGGAUUGUUGGUAAUGGGAGCUCCAAGUCCCGGUCCCAAACCCAACCCAUAUUAUCUCUCUUAUGGAUAUUGGCCAUAUGCAGGCUAUGGUUAUUCGGACUAUUACAAUAACUACCCUUACUACGCUUGGAAUUAUGGGUAUGGCUAUACUUCUCCUUAUGUUAUAUAUGGAUGUGAACUAUACGCAGUACAAUAGCGAGCUAGAAUCAAUUCUUCAAAAGUAUGGUGUGUCUUCAGGUGAUUCAAAGCCACAGACGAAACCGCCGGUAAAGGCUGCAUUCACUGGUGAUACUGAUACCUUAGAUCUGUGUUUCGAUGAAGACACUCCACUUGUACGUGAUACUACAGACACUUCAAACUUGCACAAAGAUUCCUCUCUGUAUAAGGCUUCUUUUGAUAGUGAUAGUACAUUAGGUAUAAGUUCUGAUGAUGAACGUUCACCAUUACAUAUAUCCAAGAGCGCUAACGAACUGUGGGAUAGUUACUCAUUGCCUUCCUUUCAAAAAGAAGACCAGGCGAAAUCAGAUUCAGUAAGUUCAGAUUUAAGUUCAGAUGAAGAAUCUCAACCUUUACGUUCAUCUGCAAGUGUUACAAAUGAUAAAGAAAUACAGCAGAGUGGUCUUUUAUCGCCUUCUUUUCAAAAAGAAAAGCAGAGGAAAAUAUUUUCGGCAAAUGAUAUUUGUGAUGAGUUAAUAAGUUCCGAUGAAGAUUCUCCCCCAUUUUACACAUCUGCAUGUGUGGAAGAAGAGCAUAUGGACACUUCCUGGUGUUUUGAAGGAUAUGAAAAAACGCUUGCAACAGAGACUAAUGAAACUACUCCACUUACCCAACAUCCUACAACAUCAAGAAAAAGGAAGCAUGGAGAAAACACUAAUAAUUUGGACAAAGAGAAAAGAAAACAGGAAAAAGCUGAGCAAAGAGCUCAAAAGCAAGAAGAAAUUGCUAAAGCGAAACGGCUUAAGCAAGUUCUUCAAUCGGUUAAUAAAAAUAUGAAGCCCGAGGAAUCAAUAAAAUUUGUAACUGUAAAAAUAGGCAAUGAAAUAGUUAAAGAGAAAUAUGGACAAGAAAUAUUGAAUGCGCUUAGACUAAUGGAUGCGAAAUGCAACGUAGAAGAGCAUUUAAUUCCAAAUAUAAUUACAUGGUCCCGGGAUGUACUUUCUGUAAGCACAAAUGAUCAGAACGACGUAAUUGAGAAACUGGAAACCGUCCAUGUUGAUGACUCUCUGAUAAUUAUGAAUUGGGACGAAACAAUAAAUUUAAUUCAUAAUAACACCUUAAAUACUCACGUGCAAUCCAUUAAAUCUGUCAUUAAUAAGAAGAAAUUAUUCAUAGUAAUUUAUGGCUUAGACAGUUAUUUUAGGUGUCACAAGCGAGAAAAACAUAGAGAGGUACGAAAAGAAGUCUCUCAAACCGUUUCAAAGAAAACAAAUAAAAAUGAGAGGGUCUAUAUUGAUAUGCCAAAAGUAACCAAAAAACAGUUGGAAUCUGCAUUUACAGAGCUACAAAUAUUACAUUCGUGUUGUUAUCGUUUAAUUGAGAGCCCUCCGGAUUUGGGAAUGUUAGUAACACAGUUUACCAAGUCUAUAGCUUCUGCACCGUACAAGCUUGAAAAAUAUAAAAAAGAAAUGCAAGCUAGUUGGUAUAUGGCUGGCGAUAACAAGGAUUGUGUUAAAGUUGAUAAGAACGGAAAUGGAUUGAAAAGACUGUGGCAACAACAAUUAACAACCUUCCCACUCGCUCGAUUAGAACAUGCGGAAGCCGUAAUUACCAAAUUUCCCACACUGAAGAGCUUGUUAGAAGAAUAUGAACGUUCAACACAUACAGAUGGAGAGAAGCUUUUACAAGAUAUACCUAUUCGCAGAGCAGCUGGUCCAAUGACUUCUUUCCGCAGAUUGGGUAUAGAACUUAGCAAAAAAGUGUACAAAUUUUUUUCUUCUGUAAACGGCGAUAUGGUUUUGUGAAAUAAAAAACAAUUUUUAAUA